AUGUCUGAUGAGGAAGACAGCAUCGUUGACGGGGUCUCUGGAUGGAUUGUGCGACCUCCGUCCUUUCGCAGCCAGGAGCUCACCGAGCUCUGUGCCACGCUGCAGUCGAGAUUAGAGGCAAUUCCGAAGUACAGGGCAACGCACCACAGACGUCUGCAAAAUGGACUGGAUUCAGACCGUAUGCCGCCAGCUACCUACAGCUCUGAGGCGGCAAACAGACACUUCAUGACACAUCAGAUGAUCCAUACUGGAGAGAAGCCAUAUCAGUGUCCUCAGUGUGGAAAAACCUUUAUUCACAUGAAUGCGCUCAAGUUACACCAGAGAAUCCAUACGGGAGAAAAGCCAUAUCAGUGUACUCUGUGUGGAAAAGCCUUUACUCAGAAGUCUAAUCUCAAGGCACAUCAGAUGAUCCAUACUGGAGAAAAGCCAUUUCAGUGUCCUCAGUGUGGGAAAACCUUUAUUCACAAGGCUGAUCUCAAGGCACAUCAGAGGAUCCAUACGGGAGAGAAGCCAUUUCAGUGUUCUCAGUGUGGAAAGGCCUUUGCUAAAACAGGUAGUCUCCAGGUACACCAGAGGAUCCAUUAUGGAGAAAAGCCACAUCAGUGUCCUCAUUGUGGAAAAGCCUUUACUCAAAUGUGUAAUCUCAGGGCACAUCAGAGGAUCCAUACUGGAGAAAAACCACAUCAGUGUUCUCAGUGUGGGAAAGCCUUUAUUCACAAGACUGAUCUCAAGGCACAUCAGAGAAUCCAUACAGGAGAAAAGCCACAUCAGUGUACCUUGUGUGGAAAGGCCUUUGCUCAGAAGUCUAAUCUCAAGGCACAUCAGAGGAUCCAUACUGGAGAGAAGCCAUUUCAGUGUCCUCAGUGUGGAAAAGCCUUUGCUAAAACAGGUCAUCUCAAUACACACCUGAGCAGCCAUACUGGAGAAAAACCAUAUCACUGUUCUAUGUGUGGAAAGAGUUUCAGGACCAGUUCAGAUCUCACCAUCCAUCAAUUAGUACAUUCUGGAGAAAAGCCACAUCAGUGUCCUCAGUGUGGAAAGGCCUUUACUCUGAAGUCUCAGCUGAAGCUACAUCAGAUGAUCCAUUCAGGAGAAAAGCCACAUCAAUGUUCUCAAUGUGGAAAAGGCUUUAGUAGCAAAUCUACUCUCAGAAGACAUCAGAUGACCCAUACAGGUUAA